AUGGCACAACUACAGGGUAAAGUGAUUGCCAUCUCAGGGGCAGGGUCAGGGAUUGGGCUUGCGACGGCCCGUGAAUGCGCCGAUCGAGGAGCGAUCUUGGCCUUGUCAGAUAUCAAUCCGGAGCUUCUGAACAAAGUCGUCGAAGAGCUUGAGGCCAAAAAAGACGUCAAGGUGAAAGGCACAGUUGUGGAUGUCUCGGAUUCUCAGAGUGUCGAUGCCUGGAUCGUAGACACUGUCGAGCACUUUGGGCGUCUUGACGGGGCGGCAAAUGUCGCCGGGGUCGAGACUCGGCCGGGCCAGCAGCGGUUCUCGAGAAUCACUGACAUCUCCGACGACCACUGGGACUUUGUCAACCGAAUCAACCUCACGGGAACAUUCUACUGUCUGCGCGCCGAGUUAAGAGUAAUCCAGGCUGGCGGUUCGAUCGUCAACGUCUCCAGUAUGGCAGGGCUGAUUGGCGUGUACGGGCUUGGCUCGUAUGUAGCCAGCAAACACGGUGUCAUCGGAUUGUCGAGGACUGCGGCCAAAGAAUUCGGGGAGAAGGGUAUCCGGGUCAAUGUGCUCGCUCCGGGUUCCAUCGACACUCCCAUGCUGAGCCGGCUACGCAGCGACCAAUCCGGGAUUGAGCGACCUCCUUCAGUUCGACCACCGCCGCCGCCGUUACAACGCUUGGGAACUGCGACAGAUAUGGCCAAAACCAUCUGCUUUAUACUCAGUGACGACUCGAGCUUUACCACCGGAGCAGUCUUUUCUGCAGAUGGUGGUGUUGUCUGUUGA